AUGACGACGACGACGGCAACAACAUCAACGCCAGCACCAGCAGACAACCCCCACCCCCCACCCACCCAACCGCCCCCGACAAUAAACGCACGACCCGCCCCCAUCCCCCCCCCCCCGCCGCCGCCGACCUUCCCCAAUCCCGAAGGAGAGCUGCCGAGAUCCCGGGGACGCCGAGGGGACACAGGGGGAGCCUUAUCCCCAACACCGCAGUACACGGCCCAGGACACGGUGCCGCCACAUCACGCGUCUGGACACAUUUCCCAGCACACGUCCCUGGGAGACACCAUCACAACAUAUGUCUGGAUUGCAACACACAGGCAGGAAACAGCAUAUGUUUGGAUAAAGGUCUACAACGCAUCCCAAGGACAAACCAUCACAACAUGUCUGGACAAAGGACUACAACACAUGUCUAGGACACACCACCACAACAUAUGCUUGAAAAAACACCUACAACCCAUAUCUCGGACGAACAACCACACUCUCCCACCUCGAAAACAACGCCACACGCGCACACCAACAACAAACACCACAGACUCUAAACACAAGACUCCUACAAAACAGCCCAAGGACGAGAGCGCCGCCAACCUCGUCCUCGACAGUCCAACAAAACUGCCCCAGGACGAGAGCGCCAACCUCGUCCUCGACAGUCCUACAAAACAGCCCCAGGACGAGAGCGCCAACCUCGUCCUCGACAGUCCUACAAAACAGCCCAAGGACGAGAGCGCCGCCAACCUCGUCCUCGAGUCCAACAAAACAGCCCCAGGACGAGAGCGCCAACCUCGUCCUCGACAGUCCACAAAACAGCCCACGAGAGCGCGCCAACCUCGUCCUCGACACACGGCCACCGCACGUAAGCCUUCAUCAUCAUUCCGAGGCACAGACGCGCGCCUGGAGCAAUCUGGUGCCGUUCGCUCCCUCUUCCCUUGA